AUGGACCACAGCGGCGUUUCAGAGGUCUUGUACGCGGGAUUGUGUUAUAAGAUAGGAACACCAGAAGAGGUAAGAGUCAGGAGAGAAGUCCUAAUUAUGUCUGAGAUGAUACAACAACCUCUGCAGAUUUCUCAAGGAUUGAGAACUACGGAUGGCGGAAGUUACGGGGAAGGUUUUAGAUUUAAAUCAUCUGACCGAGAUAAGAUGGCCUGGUCAUGUGAUCAUAAAGUGCUAUGUGAUAUGUCUCAGUCUGUGAUUCAUCAUCCAUCCACAGACACACUCAUUUUCAUGGAUACUUCUGAUACCCCAGGUGGUUAUGCUCGCUUGAAGUUACUUACGCCCUCUAGAAACUUAAUUAUUAACUCUUCACUUGCAAGUAUUCACAAUGUCGUUUAUAUAUCAAGUUUUUUGUUCAGGAGCUUGUGGUAUAAAAAAUUCUGCGGACUCGAUCCACAUGUCCAAAAGGAAAUCUUGCACGGUCCAUGUUACAGUUGCACGGUGUUUACAACUGAAAGCGACUUUGCACUUUGUUUUUACUCCCCAGACUGGCCCUCAGCAGCUUUGAAUUCAAUAAAUAGAUACAACCUGCUACAAAAGUUUCUCAGUGAAGGAUGCCACCUUGUCCCAAUAGAAAGUAAGCAGCCAAACGAUUUUGGGGAUUUCGAAUGGAGAAUUUCUUUUGCACGCGCGGAACGAAGACUUGUAUACCAUAUGAACCAUGUACAGUUUCUUUGCUACGGAUUGUUGAAAAUAUUUCUGAAAGAGACCAUUCGGGACGAUUUGCUGUCUUCGUAUUUCAUGAAAACUCUUGUGUUUUGGCAGUUACAGAACAAUAUCUACAUACCCUGGGCUCCUCAUACGUUACUUCGGCAUUUCUGGAUAUGCUUUAAGUUUCUAGUGCACUCCGUGCAUACAGGAUGUCUACCAAAUUUCUUCAUACCAGAAAACAACAUGUUCCUAGGAAAAGUUGUAGGACCACAACAGAUGUCUUUGUUUCAAAAGCUAGAAAAGAUAUACACAAUGGAUGUGACCUGUCUUCUUCAGAGUCCAUUUCUCAGAGAAAUCCUUAUCCCGGCUCUUUCUGCUCUGUAUCUUAAAAGUAACAUCAAGUCAGAGUUAGAUAUAGACAUUGCUCUUCAGAAAGAGAUGACGCUAUCAGGACUUGAUUUCAUUUGUACAGAUUUUCAAAAGAUUAAGAUAUAUCUGGAAACAAUUGGAAAUCUUUCACAAUUUAAUCACAGAACUACUUUUCAGUUAAAUGUAGUAGAUGUGCUUAUAGCAGUUGGCAUGUCUUUAAAAUGGAAAUGUGCACGCAGGACCAAAAAUAAACUUUAUUAUCAAAUUAAUAGGUCAAUAAUUCAAAUGUUUACCCUAGUUUCAAAAAUAGGCUUCGUUUCGGAUAAACUUCAUCUGGCAAUGUACCUAUAUGACAUUGGUAAAUAUAAAAGAGCGUUAGUUGUCCUUGACAUAGCCAGACAGAAGCUCUCGCAACCCUUUGUCAUGUAUAAACGUGAAGUAGACGAGCAGAUAUACUGUAAGUUAAUGGGAGGGCAAUCGCUGUCAACAAAAAUGAGGAAUGCCUGGGCAAGAGAUGUUACGAUUAAGUCAUGCUUUAAGUACAUAGAUGAAUUUAAUUUGGAACAAAGGGCCACUCAGAAAAGCGGAGUAAAUAUGUUUUGUGUUCCUCCUCUAGUGUUGACACAUAUGCUGUCUGUACUGUGUCUCCACAGACUGGGCAAUAAGUCUCUGUGUCAACAGUCACUGACAGACCUACAGACCCUACUGCACUCUGACGAUAACAAAAACAUACCUAAAAUUCUCAGAGAAAUAUCAUGGCAGAUAUUAGGCAUCUGUCAGCAAGUUGUUGGGGAGCUACAUGAAGCGUUAGAUUCUUACCAGCAAGCAUUUGAUCAACCUGGAGCACUCGAUGGACUGAUAAAUAAAGGACUACGGUCCAGAGAUAUGGGGGACAUUUGUAAGAGUUUACAGAUUUCAUUUAAGUUUGUUGAAUUCGUGAGGAAAUUUUUAAAAAUCAGCAAUAUCCAAGAAGCUACACGACAAAGAAUGGCUUCAGUGCGCAAACAAAUGAGUUCUUAA